AUGGCACUAAAAAAAGGUGUUAUAAAUGAAAGUAAACUUAGUGCAAGGAAUGUUUUGGAAAAUAUUGCAAAUGAGAUAAAAGUUAAAAGAGAAAAUGAGAGAAAAUAUAAUGAUAAAUUGAAGGGAUCAUUAUGGGAAGCACGAUUUUCUGAUGGAUUGAGUAGUUCAUUUGGUGACAUAAGGUCUGGUUAUUACGAUUCGUGUAGUCUUGAUCACAAAUUCCAUACUAAUAUAAAUAAUGGAUAUCCCCCCGCAAGAAAUCCUUGCGAUGGUAGAAAUCAAGAACGUUUUUCAAACGAUGGUGAAUCAAAAUGUGGUAGUGAUAAAAUAAGAGGUAAUGAAAAUAACAGUAAUGCUGGAGCAUGUGCACCAUUCCGAAGACAAAAUAUGUGUGAUAAAAAUUUAGAAUAUUUGAUCAAUAAAAACACAGAAAAUACUCAUGACUUAUUGGGAAAUGUACUAGUUACAGCAAAAUAUGAAGGUGAAUCAAUUGUUAAUAAUCAUCCAGAUAAAGAUAUUAAGGGUAAUAAAUCAAGUAUAUGUACUUCUCUUGCACGAAGUUUUGCAGAUAUAGGAGAUAUUAUUAGAGGAAAGGAUAUGUUUAAACGUAAUAAACAUGAUAAUAUAGAAAAGGGUCUAAGAGAAGUUUUUAAGAAAAUAUACGAGGGUUUAAAGAAUAACGGGGCGAGAGAGCAUUACAAAGAAGUCAAAAAUGGAAAUUACAUAAAAUUAAGGGAAGAUUGGUGGACAGCGAACAGAGAUCAAGUAUGGAAAGCUAUAACGUGUGAAGCGCCAGAAAAUGCAUAUAUUAUAAAAAGAAGAAUUGAUGGUGGUGAUAUUGAGAAUUUGAUUUUGACACAUCCAAAGUGUGGACAUGAUACUGAUCCCCCUGUUGUUGAUUAUAUCCCUCAACGCUUAAGAUGGAUGAGCGAAUGGUCUGAAUAUUUCUGUAAUGUAUUAAAUAAAGAAAUAGAUGAAAUGAAUAAUCAAUGUAAAGAUUGUGAAAUGAGCCGAAGGUGCAAUAAUGAUACCGAAGGGGAAAAAUGUAAAAAAUGUAAAGAACAAUGUCAAAUAUUCAAGGAGCUCGUAAGUAAAUGGAAAAACCAAUUUGAUAAACAAUCAAUGAAAUAUAUGGAAUUAUAUAAUAAAGCAAGUACUAAUAUAACUAAACAGAACUCUAGUGCACCUGAACGUGGAUAUCGACGUAAUCAUAGACGUAGAGGUUACGAUGAUGAUACAAAUGUACAAUUAUUUUUGAAAAAAGUAAUAGAAAAUAAUGAGUGUAAAGUUGAGUCCCUUGGAAAAUAUCUUGAUAAAACAAGUCAUUGUGGUAAUUAUAAUUUUAAUUAUGAUAAUACUCCAGGUUCCAAUAGAUCUAACGCUUUUGAAAUAACUCCAGAAAAGUUUAAAAAGGCUUGCAAAUGUAAAAUACCUAAUCCAUUAGAAAAAUGUCCUAAUGAAGAAAACAAAAAUGUAUGCACAAGAUUCGAUAAGGUUUAUUCAUGUACAUCACUUUCUUUUAAAAAUGACCUGAGCGAAUGGAAUAAUUCAGGAGUAAAAAAUAAAGAAAAUGACAAUAAUGGUGUGUUAGUUCCUCCUAGAAGACGAAAUUUAUGCAUAAAUUUGUUUUCAAAAAAAGAUUAUAAAAUGAAAGAUGAAAACGAUUUCAAAGAGGAUCUACUUAAUGCUGCUUUUAGUCAAGGAAAAUUGUUAGGAAAGAAAUAUAGUAACUACAGUAAUGAAGCAUAUGAGGCUAUGAAGUUCAGUUAUGCUGAUUACAGUGAUAUCGUGAAAGGUACCGACAUGAUGAAUGAUUUAAAAAAAUUAAAUAAAGAACUAAAUACACUUCUUAAAGAAACUGAAAAAGGAGAUAUAUCUGUGGAUCGUAAAACAUGGUGGGAUGAUAAUAAAAAUGUUGUAUGGAAUGCUAUGUUAUGUGGCUAUAAAACCGAAAAUGAAAAUCAACAAUUGAAUUCAUCGUGGUGUAAUGUACCUGAUGAUGAUAAUAUUGAUCAAUUUUUGAGAUGGUUAACUGAAUGGGCCCAACAAUAUUGUAAAGAAAAAUUAAUUAAAGCACAUAUAAUAAAUACAAAAUGUAAAGAUAUCGUUGAAGGGAGAAAACAUAAAAGUAUGGUUGAUAUAACAGAUGUAGAAUGUAAACGAUUAUUUAUUGAUUAUGAAGAAUGGUUUCGUUACCGAUAUAAUCAAUGGAAGGGAUUAUCUGAAAAAUACAUUAAGAUUAAGAAGAGCAAAAAUUCUGGAGUGAAUAUACCCUCUGAGGAAUGUGCUGCAUCAUACGUAACAAAACAUUGCAAUGGAUGUAUUUGUAAUUUGAGAGAUAUGGAGGAUAUACAUAAAAACAUUAAUAACCAAAAUGAAUUAAUGAAGGAAAUGAUUAAUAUAAUUAAAUUUGAUACUGAUCAAUAUAGAACUCAAUUACAAAAUAUAUCAAAUUCUAUGGAAAUAAAUACAAAAAGUGUAAAAACAGCAGUAGAUACUACGAAAGAUAUAGUUUCAUAUGGAUUGGCCGGUACUAUGGGAGUUGCAGCAAUUGGAUUACAAGCAGGAGAUUUUCUUGGAAAAAAAAUUCAAGAUUUGUACAAUGAAUUUAUGAAACCUGUUGAAAAAAAAUUAGAUACAUCAUCUAAAAAUCUUAAUAUCUACGAAGACCCCAACAUUAUGGUUCCUGCUGGUAUUGGUGUCGCCUUAACUCUAGGAUUGUUAUUAUUUAAGAUGAGAACAAAACCAAAACAUGAAGUAGAUAUGAUACGGAUAUUACAAAUGUCACAAAACAAAUAUGGUAUCCCGACAACCAAAUCACCAAACAAAUAUAUCCCAUAUGCGAGUCAACGAUAUAAAGGCAAAACAUAUAUAUAUAUGGAGGGUGAUAGUGGAGAUGAAGAUAAAUAUAUUGGAAACAUAUCUUCAUCUGAUAUUACUUCGUCCGAAAGUGAGUAUGAAGAAAUGGAUAUAAAUGAUAUAUACCCCUACACGUCACCUAAAUAUAAAACAUUGAUCGAAGUGGUACUAGAACCAUCCAAAAGUAAUGGUAACACACCAAGUAAGGGUGAUGGUAACACAGUAGGUGAUGAUAUGGUACCUACCACUAAUACAUUUACAGAUGAGGAAUGGAGUGAACUGAAACAUGAUUUUAUAUCUAAUAUGUUACAAAAUCAACCAAAUGAUGUACCAAAUGAUUAUAAAAGUGGAGAUAUUCCAUUCAAUACACAACCGAAUACUUUAUAUUUUGAUAAUAAUCAAGAAAAACCUUUUAUUACAUCUAUUCAUGAUAGGGAUUUAUAUACUGGGGAAGAAAUUAGUUAUAAUAUUCAUAUGAGUACUAAUAGUAUGGAUGAUCCAAAAUAUGUAUCAAAUAAUGUAUAUUCUGGUAUCGAUUUAAUUAAUGACACAUUAAGUGGUAAUCAACAUAUUGAUAUAUAUGAUGAAGUGCUAAAAAGAAAAGAAAAUGAAUUAUUUGGAACUAAUCAUCCGAAAAAUACAUCAAACAAUAGUGUAGCUAAAUUAACAAAUAGUGAUCCAAUUAUGAACCAAUUAGAUUUGUUACAUAAAUGGUUAGAUAGACAUAGAGAUAUGUGCGAUAAAUGGAAUACCAAGGAGGAUAUUUUGAAUAAAUUGAAUGAACAAUGGAAUAAAGAUAAUAAUGUUGGUGGUGAUAUACCAAAUGAUAACAAAAUGUUGAAUACGGAUGUUUCUAUACAAAUAGAUAUAGAUGAAAAUAAAGGAAAGAAGGAUUUAAGUAAUAUGGAUACUAUCUUGGAUGAUAUGGAAGAUGAUAUAUAUUAUGAUGUAAAUGAUAAUGAUGAUGAUAAUGAUCAACCAUCUGUGUAUGAUAUAUCUAUGGAUCAUAAUAAAGUAGAUGUAGAUGUACCUAAGAAAGUACAUAUUGAAAUGAAAAUCCUUAAUAAUACAUCUAAUGGAUCGUUGGAACAACAAUUUCCUAUAUCGGAUGUAUGGAAUAUAUAA